UUUAAACGGCUAAUAGCGAAGUUAAAAUAGUUUCCAGCCAUUAGUUCAGGCGGCUUGCUUUAAUUUUUGGAAAGGAGAAGGAUGUAUUUUCUUUUAAAAACAACAACAAAACAGAAAACCAUACCUGUAUUUAUUUCCUUUUUUCUACAGUAGUAACGGAUUUGGGCGGUACCAGACGCAAGGUUACUGGGUACUGAGUGCUGAUUGGUUAGCAUUGCUGUUUUCCGAAGCUGAUUGGUUGGUGAGCUUUUCAGCUCAUUGACUGAGUUCGCGCUCAGUGAGGUCAUGAUCUGGGUUUCAGGAGCACUCGAAAUAAUCCAGGCAGUGUAAAAAUGUCUCAGGCUGUUCUGUGUUCAGGCAAUUAAAUGAUUUGUAUAUCAAACGUAUACGCAUUUUGCUCAAUGUGUGAUGUACAAAUCCAUCCGAUUUCUUAUUUUUGGACUCGCUGAGGAGCGCCCUGUAAGUGUUUGACAAACGCCAGUAACAGUAUAGAGUGAAGCCUCUCCUCACUGCAUGUUCUCUGGCUGCUGCUCCAAUCGGCGUGCGUAAAGCUCUAUAGCGGACAAAGCUGAAGCUGGACCGGAGGCCACUUUUUUCUACUGAACUCCCGACCUGGAAAAAAACGCCUCAGACUGUGAACCUUUUGUCGGAAAAGGGCAAGUUGGAUUACAAUUGUCCAUGUAGGCCGGCGGUGUGGUAAAGCAAUGUCUCGUGUUUGUAAGAAAAGGCCCUCUCUCUGCACGGAUGAGCCUCUGGCUCAAACCGAAGUCCUUCAGAAGUUGUCAUUACUGCGGCACAUGCUCUCCUCCUGCUACGGCCCGUUUGGCAGGCUGAAACAAAUUCACAACAACGUGGGAGGACACGUUCUGACCACCUCUACCUCAUCAGUGUUGCUCAAAGCUCUCACGUUCUCUGAGCCACUGCUUAAACUGAUGGCCACAUUCGUUACUAACCACAUAUCGCGUUUCGGUGACUGCGGUUUGUUCACAGGCAUCUUCUGUAUUGGUCUCAUUGAAAACGCCGAGAAAUUGAACCUCGGGGCUGCAGCAGCAAGCCGAGUGUACAAGCAGCUGUUGAAAGAAUCUGUACGCUAUCUUACUUCAGAUUGUUGUGGCUGCAAGGUUGAGGUCGACUUCAGCAGUAUUCAUUCACUUAUGGCUCUAGCCCACAGUGUGAUCACAAGCAAAAGGGCAUGCAUGCUGACCCCUGAUGAGGCUCAGCAUAUCAUUUCAAUCACUGUGCAGGCCUUCCUUCAGUCUGUUCCAUGUGAUUCAUCCGGCAGAACUUGCUUUGGCAGGACAGUGACCGUGCCUUUACAAGGUCAGCCAGUGAGAGACUCUGCAGUUUUCUCAGGACUGUUAGUGGAAGUAUCUAUGCAACAGUCUGAAGAGUUGCAGAGGCUGAGGCCUGGUCCCUAUAAAAUUGUGUUAUUCAGCACAUCUCUGUCUGGUGAUCUCUCUGAAAUUGGAGAGGCAAAGUUGAAGAUGCACACAGAAGUGAAUCCAGAGGGGGCUCUUUUGGACCAGCUGCUGCUGCUUGGAGAGCAGGCAGUCAGGGAUGGUGUGGGUCUGUUUGCAUGUCAAAAAGUGAUUCACCCAGUCCUGCAGCAUUACUUGAGGGAACAUGGGCUGGUGGUAAUCGAGAGGCUUGGAGCUGCGCUCAUGGAGCCUUUUGUCCAAAUGACGGGUGCCAUUAUGGUAGAAUCUCUCUACUCUCCAGUCCUGGACAAAGCAUAUGGGCAGGUGGGAGGACUCCAUGUCUAUCGCAGAGGAUCUAAAGAGCUGCUCCAGCUUCUUCCUUCUGGAGAGCCAGCUGUGAGCACCUUGCUGCUCUGCCACAGAAAUGAAACCAUGUUAGAUGAGUUAAAGGUGACAUGUCAGAGGGCAGAGCACAUACUGAGACUAACUCUGAAGGAGCCUUAUGCAUUAUUAGGAGGAGGCUGUACAGAGACAAUGCUGUCUGCUUAUAUCAGAUACAUGAGCCAGUCAAAGGCCUUCCAAGCAGCCACAGCUCUAAACUGCUCACAUUCUCAGUUCCUGCUUGGUACAGAGGCAUUCUGCUGCUCUCUGCAGUCUAUGGCAUCAUCUCUGAACCAUGGUGGCCAGCACUGUCUCAUGGACUUGACCCAUGCUCAUCACUGGGUCACAGCAGUGGACAUGGACUCCCAAACCAGUGCCUUGCUCUCUUGCAGCUGUGGCCUGAUGAAGGACAGGCCAGGUCUGGGGAAGACCUAUGUAAAUACAGAGUAUCGUUCCUUCUUUCCAGCACUUAUUGAGAAAUCUGAUUGUCAACCAAGAUUGCUGGACUCAUUCACUGCCAAGCUUAGUGCACUGAAUGUUGCAGUAGAGAUGGCCUGUCUUGUGCUGGAUGUGAAAUACACUAUCAAAGAUGUGAAUUAAUUUUAUAUUUAAAGUUCUGUGACACAAUUAAAAUGAUUGAUUACAAUGA